CGAGGUAAUAGCAGGCUCUAAGAAAAAGUAGACACGCAACUAUUAAUUGCUACACACGUUGAAUGCGUUUAGUGUAUGAUCUAAGUCCAGAAAAACAAAACUCUGAUUUAAUUGAAAUACUGCAGCAUAGUGAAGACCAUAGAGAGACAUAUUCAGAUUGUGACUGUGUGUCUGGGCAGCAAACGGAUCUGUCAGCUUUAUAGAAUUUCUGGAAUCUGAGAACAAUGUCGGUAGGAAGGAGUGGAAGUGUUAAUAGAGGUGAGACGAUAGGCAUGGGAGGGAACACAUGAAGAGCUUUUUAGUGAUACUUGAGCCUGAGAGAUGAGACAUGCUUUCCAGGAGCAGCUCUUGCUAACAUGGACAUAUUGUGAGUUUUUGCCAGAGGAAUGAAUGGAAAUACCUCAACUACAUCCAAGGGUGACAUGAGCUGGUCUGUGUUAGACUUGUCAUCACACUUCAGAAGACAGUAGUGAAAACUUUGGUAGCAGUUUUUCUCAGAGAGACAUCAGGCUGCGGUCAUGUCCAACUCACACGAGCAGAGCCUUGACGAGAAUGUCGUUUUUCUACCGGUACCGGAGUCCUCCCCAGAGUUCCUCCAUUGUGAGAAGGAACGUCAGGCAGUGGAGAGACUUAUCAAUGCUGGACCAGAGGCCUUCUACAGCUCCAUUGGCACAGAGCGCUCCGGCUGCUUCCUGUCUACUGAAGAAGUCAGUCAGAUUAGCAGCUGGGCUCAGGACUAUCGCCUUCACCCGCUACAGGUGCAAAGACAGGAGAAUGGGGAGGAAGGCAGCUCAGAGAUGGAGGACUUCUGUUCAACGUAUUUCCCAUCCUUCUCGGACACACCACCACCUGACCUGGAGUUGGGCUGGCCUGAGUCAAGGCCCUGGGCACCGAGAGCAAGUGUUAGAGUCCACACCAGCCCUCCUGCAGAGGGGGACCCUUCGGUCCGACAGAUCAUCAGGUGGCACUUGCAAAACGCUGGCGAAGUAAUUGCCAUUGUGACGGACAGAUUGACAGAUGGUGCUAUUAUUGGGGAUUUACACAAAGCUGCUUCCCAGGGUGUCCCUGUGUACAUCAUCCUGAACCGAAGGUCCAUUCAAGAGAACUUCACGCUCAACAGGCUCAGGCAUCCAAACAUGCAGGUACGUGUUCUUGGUGGGAAAACCUUUUGCUCGAGGACAGGAAGAAUGGUAGUCGGAGAAAUGAAAGAGAAGUUCCUUUUGGUAGAUUUACAGACAGUGAUUCAUGGCAGCUACAGCCUCACAUGGACAGACGCCCACCUGCACCGGCAGCUGAUUACUGUUCUGAACGGCCCAGUUGUAGAAUCAUUCGACAGGGAGUUCAGGAUCCUUUUUGCUGCUUCACUCCCCGUCCCUGACACAUGGAGGGAGGAAGGGACUCAUAAAGAUGUGACUCAUCAUUUGAAAGACCCCUCAGAUCUCGGGUUUCAAAGACAUCACCAUUAUGAGCCUGAGAUUAUCAAUCCUCCAUCCCCACCUGCAGAUUCCCUCCUUGACUGGGAAGCUAUGGGUGUUAUACACACUAAAAAGUGCAGUCCUCUUGAUCAACAUGAAGAAAUCAUGGUCAAGGAAAUGCAGGUGGAGAGCAAAAUCCUAUUUGAUCAACACGAGCAACUCAUGGCCAAGGAAAUGCAGAUCCAGAGGCAAAUGCUGUUUGAUAAAAACACCUUCUUUAUGGACGGUUUUAAGCCUUCUUGCAAUGGAAACCGAUUUGUGGAAAACAAAAGGGUGUAUGAAAACAAUUCUCCAGUGACAAGCAAUGUGCCAGAUAAAUCAACAACUUUCAAGAACAAACAGCCCUCGCCUACGGACCCAAUAGCUCCAGAAAGAAUGAAAAGGGUGGAUCACAUAAUAAAUAAGGCUAUUUCCAGACAACUCUCCACAGAAAAGAGCCCCAAUUUAGAUGACAAAAGACGAACAAGACUUGAUGAUAAAGGAACAGAACUAACACCCGAUAUGAACAUACUUCCCUCUUCUGAGAGAAGAGAGGCCUCAAAGAGGGAAGCCAUAUUGGAAGAAGUGGGAAGCAUUAAUAAAGCUAGCUUACCUGUGGAAUACACACCAUCUUCUAGAAAACCUCUGAUCCUAAUGGUGCCGCAGUCUGAGAACUACAGCUCUCUGAGUGACAUCAUGAAGAGGACUCAUCCUCAGCAGAGCCUUUCAGGACAGAUCAGGAAAGGAUCGAAUGCACCCGCGUCAGAACUGAUCCAGUCUAUGACGGAGCUGAGCCUACACAAAACAGAAGACAGAGGACUCCCGGUACCAAGGUUUAUGGCAAGUCGCUUUGACCCAGAUCAAAUGACAAGUGCACUUUCCCUGAUGAGGAAGAGGAAUGAUCAGUUGAAACCUUUAUUGUACAGAAGUCCACAAAACCUUUUGCCUAGAGAAAGGCCUCGCAGCUCCUCUUAUGCAUGGAGGUGGUCGCUCGCAGAGGGAGAAGGAGAACAGGAACGAGAAGCAAGGAAGAACAUACCUGAUAAAUAACUUCUGUAAAAAUAUUUUCUUUCACUAAGGAAAGACAGCCGUUAGCAGUGGAUAGUUACAACCUCUGCAGUGUUAAUAACCAAAAUAUGGCCAAAAACACACUAUGACUCUGAGAAUAAAGCCAUUGUUACACAUGCAUGUACAGUAUGUCAGUUCUACCUGUUAAUUUGAUGUUUUUUGUUAUGUUAAUGCUGCUCAACUUGAAAAGUAUUAACUGUUUUGACCACUAGACGGCUGUAAAAAAUUAUAAAAGAAACUUUUGAUUGAAAUAUAGAAUAACAAAUAUUUUUAGACUGUGAUAAAUGUACAUUUUUUGUUGGAUACAGUUACAUAAGCAAAUAAAAUUUUGAAAAAAAAAAAAAAAAAAAAAUUCAAUAUGAAGGUUAUACGUAGUAUAUAAUAAAUAUAUUGAUUUGAAGUGAGUUAUUUUAAAAGCUGAUACCAAGCGUUUACGACUCACUGCUCAUUAACCAUGACAUAGAGAGAAUCCAGACCAUUGAUGUGUACAACAAGGAAAAAAUAAAAUAAUACACCAACUGUC